GAAUAAGGAAAAUAAGAGCUGACUAAGGAGUUACAAACAUCAGUUAAAAUUCAGUGUUAAACUGAAUUAAAUCUUUCCUUAAAUCUCAUUUAUAUGACAGUAAAGAAGCACAAAAAAGAAAAUCCAUUACAGCACUGAGAACAAGAGAAUAGAGAUCUGACUAAUUUCUGUGAGACACAGAGCUGAUGCAACAGUAUUUAAGACAAGACAGAAGCAGAUCACCACACUCAAAGAAUACAGAUGUAGUGGAGGCAGAAUCCAUUCUUCCCAUGGAAUCCCAAAGCGACUACAAAAGGCAAAGGAAAUCCCACUACUUAUCACACUUUCAUACAUACAGAUAAUAAAGAAUCACCAAAAACUUUGGAAGUACAAAAUAAAACCAAAAACCCAUUGCUACCGAAUAGAUUCUGACUCACAGCAACCCGACAGGACAGAGUAAAACUGCCCCACAGAGUUAAAAAACAAAAUAGAAGAUAAAAAAUAAACAAAAAUGACCCAGGAGGAAUAUGAGAUAAAUGCAGAGAACAGAGAAUGUUUCUUAAAAUUCUAGUUUUCUCAGAGAAAUUCAAGAUAACCACAACUAUAAAACAAUAACAGGCUGUGAUGAAAAAGAAGCAAUCACAGAAUAUACCAAAUACCAAACCCACUGUCAUCGAGUCAGUUCCAACUGACAGCAACCCUACAGGACAGGGUGAACUGCCCUGCCCCACGGGGCUUCCAAGGACUGGCUGGUGGAUUCGAACUGCAGAACAUUUGGUAAUAACUGGAAAUUAAAAUUGCCAUCUCAGCGGCCGCUGCGCAUAUGGACUGACUCCCUUUGCUCGAGCCUUGCUGGCUUCCUCCACAACCAUGUCUGACAAACCUGGUGUGGCUGAAAUUGAGAAAUUUGGUAAGUCGAAACUGAAGAACACAGAAACGCAAGAGAAAAAUCCACUGCCUUCAAAAGAAACGAAGAGGAGAGCAAAGCAGGCAAAUCUCAAUGAGGCCACACCACCGAUAUGCACUGUACAUUCCACAGCAUUGCCUUCUUAUUUUCCUUCUUUUAGCUGUUUAACUUUGUAAGAUGCAAAGAAAAAAGCUGGGUCAAGUUUAAAUGACUGUGUUACCCCUUUUCACAUCAAAGAAGCAAGAAUUACUGACAACGAAGGCUGCACCUGCCCCUCCCAUUAGCCUGUCUGGCUGGCCGGGAAGGAAAAGAACUUGGUUGUUGGCGAAGGGAGGAGCUGGGUGGGAUAACAGUGAAUAAUAUAGAGAGAGUAAAAGCAAAGCUAGUCCAAGGCGUCCUGCGGGUAUACACUACAGUUUAAUUAGAGUGUCAUUUUUUUGUUGUUCAAAUGAUUUUAAUAAUUUUAAUAACUGGAAUGCAAAUUUUAAUAUGUAAAUAAAGUUUUAAAACCUGAAAAAAAAUUUUUUUAAUUGCCAAAAUUAGAACAAUUCAAGAGACAGGCUUAGAACAGGAAAAAGAAAGAAAUGGGGAAAAAAAUGUCAACAAAUAGAAAAAUCAGUCUAGGAUUUUUUACUAUUUCAUUAACAGGGAUUCCAGAAAAUCCCAAAGGAGAAGACAUAAUCAAAGAUACAUUAGACAAACAAAGACACUGGUGUUCAGUCUGAGUGGAGGCCAAUGGUACCAAAAAGAACGAGGAAAAAUAAUUUGAAAUUUGGGAUCCAAACUAGCAAACAAAUAUGAAGGUAGGUAAAAUAUAGACACUUUCUAACAUGUUUAAAAAGGUAUUUUAAAAAUACUUUUUAAAGUAUUCAGAAGUUUACCUCAGAGAGUAAGUGGGAGUAUGGAGUAAGGUGUAUAUAAGCUUGUAUGUGACAGACUGACUUGAUUUGUAAACUUCCACUUAAAGCACAAUAAAAAUUAUUUAAAAAAAAAAAAGUUUACCUCA